AGGAUUUAUUCGGUUGGAGCCACUGAUAAAAAGGUUUCUCCUGCUUCUCUUUUUGGUCUGUUUAAUUCAAUUUACUUGUAUAAUUACUUUGCUUACAUUUUGUUGAGUUUAAUUCGACUUGAAUUGAACGGGUUUAACUGAUUUCCCUUUGUUUUCUUUUGUUAUUAGGGAAAUUAAAAUGUUUUUAGAAAAUGGCAAAAAGGGUUAAAAGGGAAGUAAAGCAAGGCAUUCUAUUUAAGACUGGGCUUAUAUGGCAGCCUUAUUUGGUAGCUUUUAUAGUCCAUUAGUCAAUUAUGUACCACAAAAAAAGUUUUAGCUAUAUUUGGUCUUUUUCAUUAGUUCAUCUCUGAGCACCCCAUUAAUAUCAGCUGAACUUGACCAACUUUUUGCAGAUAGUCAGAUAUGCUAGGCAUUUCAGUUAAAAGGUUUUAUGUUUUGAAAAGUGCAAAACUGAGUACUAAUUCCUGUGGCAAAAAGAAGCCCAAAACCACCCAUAUUCAGAAACUAUCUUAAUUAGGAUAGUGAGGUGUUAAUUAGCUGGCCUGAUGUGGCAUCAACCUGUCUUUUUAUAUACACCAACAUGACCAGUUUUGUUGAGGAGCAUCGAUACACAUUCAACAUUUUGGCAUUUAAAUAUUGCUUUAGCCUGAGCUUUGGUGUGGGUCAAAAUGGAUAUUGUGAUGGGAAGUGGUGGGAAUUCUGGUGAUCAACAAGAAGCUUCAAAUGCUGCUCGAAAGGGGAAUAAGGCAUGUCAUCGCCACACUGUUCAUCAAAGUCAGACUCUUGAAGCAUUUUUCAAGGAAUGCCCCCAUCCAGAUGAAAACCAGAGACUCAAAUUGGGUAAGGAACUUGGAUUGGAUUCUAAACAGAUCAAGUUUUGGUUUCAAAACAAGAGGACUCAGAUAAAGGCUCAAGCUGACAGAGCAGAUAACUUGGCUCUGCGUGCAGAGAAUGAAAGGAUUAUUUGUGAAAACAAUGCAAUUAAAGAGGCAUUAAAGAAUGUGAUUUGCCCUGCGUGUGGAGGUCUUCCAUAUGGAGAAGAAGAACGUCAGCAUAGCUUACAAAAAUUGCAACUUGAAAAUGCCAAUUUGAAAGAAGAGCAUGAAAAGGUCUCCAAGUUUCUUUCCAAGUUUGUAGGCAGACCAAUUUCGCAAGUUGACCUGUCGGCUCCUUUUCCAGCAUCCUCAAUGGAUUUGUUAACAGGUACCACCAGACCAGGAGCAGGGAAUAUACCCCUUGAUAAUGUUGCAAGUCCGGGAAUUCCAGACAUUACUAUGUUGCCUUACCAAUUUAAUGGAGUCACGGAUACAGAAAAGUCAUGUAUGUUAGAAACUGCUGCCCAUGCUAUGGAUGAAUUGAUCAGCCUUUUGAAAAUUGAUGAGCCUUUAUGGGUCAAAUCCCCCAUAGAUGGAAAAUAUAUUAUAGACCAUGAUAGCUAUGAGAAAAUUUUCCCUAGGGCUACUCAUUUUGAAAGUUCUAGCUUUCGGAUUGAGUCAUCAAAAGACUCAGGAUUGGUGAGCAUGAGGGCAAUGCAAUUGGUUGACAUGUUUCUAGAUUCGGACAAAUGGGUGGAUCUUUUCCCUGCAAUUGUUACCAAAGCUAAGACAAUUCAAGUACUUGAACCUGGGAUGAUAGGAAACAAGAAUGGUUCUUUGCAGCUGAUGUACGAACAAAUGCAUAUUCUUUCUCCUCUAGUUCCACCUCGGGAGUUCUACUUCCUUCGCUACUGUCAGCAAAUUCAGGCAGGACUUUGGGUAGUAGUGGAUGUUUCUUGUGACUUCCUAAAAGAGGUUUCCCAUGCUUGGAAGCUUCCUUCUGGAUGUAUGAUUCAAGAGAUGCCUACUGGGUGUUCUGAGGUGACCUGGGUUGAGCAUGUUGAAGUUGAAGAUAAAUCCCAGAUCCAUCAUCUCUAUCGAGACCUCAUAGGUGGUAGUGCUGCAUAUGGAUCUGAACGUUGGGUUAUUUCACUACAAAGGAUGUGUGAGAGAGUAGCUUUCUCAGUGGAGGAAAGUGUGUCCCGUCAUGAUUUUGGAGGAGUGAUUAAAUUGCCUGAGGGCAGGAGGAACAUAAUGAAGCUUGCCCACAGGAUGGUCAAAAGCUUUUGCUCGAUCUUAAGCAUGUCAGGUAACUUGGAUAUCUCUCAAUUAUCUGAGGUGAACAAGAGUGGUUUGCGAGUUUCUGUACGCAAGAGUACAGAACCAGGACAGCCCAGUGGAGUGAUUGUCAGUGCUGCUAGCUCUCUUUGGCUUCCACUUCCAUGCGAGAGCAUAUUUAAUUUGUUCAAAGAUGAAAAAAAGCGAGUUCAGUGGGAUGUGCUCUCUAGUAGAAAUCCAGUCACUGAGAUUGCACACAUCUCAACCGGCAUUAAUUCAGGAAACUGCAUUUCCAUUAUUCAGCCUUUUGUCCCAACUGAAAACGGCAUGGUGAUUCUUCAAGAGUGCUGCACAGACUCACUGGGGUCCUUGGUAAUCUAUGCUCCAAUGGACAAGCCAGCUAUGAACUUAGCAACAAGGGGAGAGGACUCUUCAAACAUACCCAUACUCCCAUCAGGCUUCAUAAUCUCUCGCAAUGGCUGUCGAGAGACAGGAGGCAGCCACAAUGCUUCAACUAGUGCAAAUGUUCCCCAGUCUGGUGGCUCACUUCUUACAGUGGUUUUCCAGAUAUUGGUUUCUAGCUCUUCAUUGUCAAAGGAGGUGAGCGUCAAAUCUGUGGCAGGUGUCAAUUCUCUCAUAAGCUCUACUGUUCAGAAGAUAAAGGUUGCUUUGAGAUGCCCUAAUUUGGAUUGAGUUGUUAGACUCGAGAUCAAAUGUUAAAUUUUCGGUGGCUCCUGUUGCCGCUGGAGUUUAUUAUAUCAAACCUCUCUAUGUUUGCUUUGACAAAUAUAGAUUUGAAGUUGCAAGACUUAUCCAAUUUAAACUUUGUUGGAGUUUGAGACCUUAUUUAUAUAUGGACUUGAGCUUUAGAUGGACUCAAAGUUCCUGU